AUGCCGCGGAAGGUUUCGGCCUUCAGACGAGCCGGACCAGCGGCACGCACGGCGGUGGGGCUCGUAGGAAAGAGCAGGAAUAUUGUGCAGGACGCGCAGCGCUGUGGCAGGGGCGUGUCCGCCAUCUUGUCUGAGAAGUGGCGCCUAAACAGCAGCUGUCGCUCCGAGCGGACACCGAGCGGGAAGCGUGAAAUGGCCGUUAAUGGCGGGACUGUUCUCCCCCGUGUGUGUGUGAACGACUUUGACUCGGUUCGGUCCCGCUGUGAACUGGCACUGAGAGCCGCUGUGUCCGUGUGUCGAGCCCGGGCUCCGGAGGAGCAGCUGCAGCUUUCUGAGAUGUCCAAUGACAGCCAGGGAUCGGUGAAGGGGGAGGCAGCAAUGAUGCCGUCUCCCUCUGCCUCCGCCUCCUCUCAGGGACCUCCCCUUUCUCCGUCCACCACGUCCAAACCACCUGAGCUACCAGCCUCCGCCUGUCUGUCUGUCCCUCCGUCUGUCUCUCUGUCCCUCCGUCUGUCUCUCUGUCCCUCCGCCUGUCUGUCUGUCCCUCCGUCUGCUUGUCUGUCCCUCCGUCUGCCUGUCUGUCCCUCCCUCCGUCUGUCUGUCUGUCCCUCCGUCUGCUUGUCUGUCCCUCCAUCUGCCUGUCUGUCCCUCCCUCCGUCUGUCUGUCUGUCCCUCUGUCUGCCUGUCUGUCCUUCCGUCUGUCCGCAGUCUGAUCCUUUAGGGCUGAAUGCGGCUCCAGCAGAGGGUGGAGACAGUAACCUUGAUAAUGGUCAGAGGAAGAGGAGGAGCUCGGAGGAGCAGGGGGCAGGGCCUAACAGUGUAAAACGAGUGAAGGUGGAGCCCACUACGCCCAUCUCACCCAGCACCCCCGGGGUCAAACCCUGGAACUCCGCCCCUGAGGACAAACAGGCCACGCCGGCCACGCCCACAACCCCGAGCCCCACCCCUGCUCCAUACAGACCAGCAGUUAUCUACUGGGAUCUGGACGUGCAGACCAACGCCGUCAUCAGAGAGCAGCCGCCCGCCAACCACCUGCCCCCCCACCCAGAGAUCGAGCUGCAGAGGGCACAGCUGGUCACCAAACUGAGACAACACUACCACGAGCUGUGUCACCAGAGAGAAGGUAUUGAUCCGCCCCGGGAGUCGUUCAACCGAUGGCUGCUGGAGAGGAAAGUGAUUGACAAAGGUCACGACCCCUUACUGCCCAGUGACUGUGACCCAGUCAUCUCCCCGUCCAUGUUCAGAGAGGUCAUGAACGACAUUCCCAUCAGGUUGUCUCGUAUUAAGUACAAAGAGGAGGCUCGGAAGCUGCUGUUCAAAUACGCUGAAGCUGCCAAGAAGAUGAUCGACUCAAGGAAUGCGAGUCCAGAGAGCAGGAAGGUGGUGAAGUGGAACGCUGAGGACACCAUGAGCUGGCUGCGCAGAGAUCACUCCGCCAGCAAGGAGGACUAUAUGGACCGGUUGGAGCACCUCAGACAGCAGUGUGGUCCUCAUGUCACCGCCGUCGCCAAAGACUCUGUGGAGGGAAUCUGCUCCAAAAUCUACCAGCUGUCUGCAGAGUACAGCCGCCGCCUGAGACACACACACCUGAGCCUGAUGCAGGACCCCCCCACAGAGGCGUGCGCGUCCCCCCAGCAGUCGCGGCUGGUCUACUGUUACCCGGUGCGUCUGGCGCUCCCCUCGCCGCCGCUCCCUCGAGUGGAGUUGCACUUUGAGAACGACAUGGCCUGUCUGCGCUUCAGAGGAGAGAUGGUCAAGGUCAACAGAGGUCACUUCAGCAAACUGGAGCUGCUGUACAGGUACAGCUGUAUAGACGACCCUCGCUUUGAGAAGUUCCUGUCCAGAGUCUGGUGCCUCCUCAAGAGAUACCAGGUGAUGUUUGGCAGCGGAGCCAAUGAGGGGACGGGUCUGCAGGGGGCGCUGCCGGUGUCAGUGUUCGAGGCCUUGAUCCGACAGUUUGGAGUUUCCUUCGAGUGUUUCGCCUCGCCGCUCAACUGCUACUUCAAACAGUUCUGCUCCGCCUUCCCCGACAUCGACGGCUUCUUUGGAUCCAGAGGGCCCUUCCUGUCUUUCUGUCCCGUCAGCGGCUCGUUUGAAGCCAACCCUCCAUUUUGUGAAGAGUUGAUGGACGCCAUGGUGACGCACUUUGAGGAGCUGUUGGACAAGUCCUCUGAGCCUCUGUCCUUUAUCGUCUUCGUCCCUGAGUGGCGUGACCCUGUGACCCCGGCUCUGACCCGCAUGGAGGGAAGUCGAUUCCUCCGUCACCAGUUGAGUGUCCCCGCCUACGAACACGAGUAUCGCUCUGGGAGCCAGCACAUGUGCAAGAGAGAUGAGAUGUAUUACCGGGCCGUCCACGGUACUGCGGUACUCUUCCUUCAGAACGAUGCUGGUUUUGUGAAGUGGGCGCCGACUCCGGAGCGUGUGGCGGAACUGAUGGCAGCGUACCGCCCUUCCCCCUCCCGCCCCUCCUCCAUGUCCUCCCCCGGACCCGCCCACACCACACCUGGAGACAGAGACUCCACCCCCAAGCCCGCUGAUAGGACGCAGAGUGCUGUGAUGUCACCAGCAGGCCAUGACGAUAACAAUAACAACAACAGUAGCAGCAGCAGCAGCAGUAGCAGUCCACGAGACAAGAUGGCCGCGGUGUAGAGGGGCGGGGCUGGUUGUGUGACCCUCAGCUGUUUAAAGUUUCUCUGUUUUUCAGUGUUAGUUUGUUUGAUCGUCGUCUCGUCUGUUGAGAAUGUCCCUCACCAGCACCUGUAGCACACCCUCAGCUUCUGUCAACAUACCCACAAUGCCGUUCAGCCGCAGCCAGCAGGGGGCGAGACCACAGUUAAUCCUUUCUGUUGGCUUUCACCGUCCCUCCUCACAUCGACUCCUCUUAAUUGGUGGAAGCUCUGACAUCACAGCGUUUGGAGCUUCCUUUUCACCUGCAGCUGAUUCAUGUCCAGGUGUGACUGCUCCUGUUGCAUAGCAACAGGCACCACAGCCAAUAAGAAGAGGAGUUGAUCAGCGAGCAGCAACAUUGGGGCUCCAGCAAUAAAAACUUUUCCUUUACCUGUGAUGUCAUCUGUGAUGUCACUGGAGGACUUCUGAUUGGUCCCCACACCGACGGGGCUCGGUGAUUGGUUGACAAGGCAGCUAUCGUUUCUAUUUGACCCGUCUUUCUCUAUUGAGUUGGUCAGGCCCCGCCUCUUUGGGAUGGCCUGGCCAAUCAGUGUGCGUCCUUCAGAGGAGGAACCUGCUCAGUCUGCGGUGUAUCGUGGGAAACUGAGUCUUCUGCAGGCGCUCGCAGUCACGUCAUAUUUACUAGUGGAGGGGGCAGAGCCAGACUGGGACUCAGGACUGGGGCUCAGGACUGAGACUCAGACUGGGACUCAGGACCGAGACUCAGGACAGGGACUGACUGAGACUUGGACUGGGGACUGGGAUUUAGGACUGGGAUUCAGACUAUGACUCAGACUGGGACUCACAUCGGGAUUCAGGGCUGGGAUUCAGACUGGGACUCGGGAGUGGUUUACAGGACUGGGAUUCAGGACUGGGACUCGGGACUGAGACUCAGGACUUGGACUCAGGACUGGUCGGGGAGGACAGGUGUCUCCUGCGAGGUCCCAUCAGACUUCCUGUGGUGUCAUUGUUAAACAGGAAGUGAUCAGAGGUGACAGGUGUGUUGGGCAGUGGGCGGAGCUUCUUACCAACGUCGUUUUUCGUGUUAAAACUUUUUCUAAGCUUAAAAAAAGAAGAAAAAAAACCCGACUUCUCUGAAACUUUUACGUCUUUUUAUGUUUUUUAUUUUUCCAUAAAGUGACUUCAUUGAGUCAAACUCAGUUUGAGUUUCUUUGGUGAACAUGAAGUGGACUCAGUGUCCAGCCGCCUGUCCGCCUGUCUGUCUGUCCUGUGAUUGGCUGAUGAGUGGUCCAAUGGGGCGUGUCUCUGUGUGUAGAUAAUGUACAGUUAAACUGAAAUGAAGUCUGUUGUUAUUUUUUCUUCAUCUGCUGUUUAACGGAUUCAAAAAAGAAAUGUUUGAUUUAAUUUAACCUUUUUUAAGAAGAGAUGUGUUUGAUUCUUCACAUUGUUUGUUUCUGACUAAACCAAAGUGUUAUUAAGAAAAUCUAUAUCCACUAUGUUUAAAGGUCGAAGUGUGAGCGCCUCCACCCAGCAGGAAACUCCACCUCCUUUUUAUAAUCUGCUCUUUUCAUUAACUCUCUGUUUUUUAUUCUUUCUGUUGUGCAUGAAACAUGUUUGUGUUCAUCAGGCCGAGUCUUUGUCCCUGCAUCUUCGUCACUGCAUCUUCGUUGCCAAGUCUUCCUCGCUGUGUCUUUGACGCCGUGUCACCCGCACUGUUUCCUCAGUUUUUUAAUUUUCUUUAAAGGAGCAGUCCAACAUUUUGGGAUGUUGUGUUCACAGUUAAUCCGGAGGGGUUCUUCCAGUCUUUAUGCUAAGCUAGGCUAAUGUUGGACUGUCCCUUUAAUGUCGGUGUGAAGCCAGAAUCACUUUGGUGUUCCUGUAAAACUGCGUUCCAGGGACCAAAGAAAACAAACUGAGGGACCCGUCGUUAAAGACGUCUCACAGUUUGGACAGAACGUGUUUCUGAUAAUUGGACAAACGGUUUUCUGCUCGUUACGUCUCAUCAAAUUAAGAAAAGUCAAGCUGUGAUUCUCAGAGAAUAAAAUCUGGAUCAGUCCAGCACACACAAAGAGCUUAAUUAAAACUGCUCCACCACGUUUGUCUGGAACUUUGUUUCUGAUCCUUCUGAUUUCUGUCCGGGCGUUUUUAAAUCAAGAGAAAAAAAAGAUUGCCUGUUGUCAUGGUAACGAGGAGAACCUCAGUGAUUUUAAUAACUACAGAUUUUUGUCUCAGAAUUCCAAAAACAGUUGGAAUGAUUCUUAAGUACAGAGCUGACGUAGCUCCUCCAGACUUCUCAGCUUCCAGCGUCUCAUCACUGAAAACAUUUAACACUCAAGUCAGAGUGAUGCUGCAGAGCAAGCGACGCAGAGCGAGUGAUGCCGCGGAGUGACGCUGCUGAGCAGCGACGCAGAAUCGGCCAUGUUUGUGGUGGGGUCCUCACAGCUGGAGAAUGUAAAUACAGUCUGUUCUUCAUCCUGCCUGCAGACAAACUGCAGCAUCACUCUCCCAGUAAAAAUAUAUCCAACCAGU